UUAGAUAUAGCACGGCACGAAUUCGAGGUAUUUAUCGACGGCCGUUACCGCUCGCCGUCCCUCGACAUCGGCGCUUGGUAUAGCGUCUAAUAUCUGGCCUGCGCAUGCUCUUCGAUCAUGCUGCUUUCGGCGUGUCCUUGUACCAGCUCACCUCGGCUGUACGACACCGCACAUCAAUCAGUACGUUCUGCCAUCUGGACGUUUGUUCCAGUGGAGAGUUCACUUGUGUAGCAGCUCAUGAGAGCUCAGUUGACUUGGAAGUGCUGUGUUGCUAAUUAGCCUCCCACAUGAUCUCAAAGCGGUGCAUACGGGCGGUGUGUGUGCUACGUGAUGCAGUCCUUUCUGAUAUCAGUUUUGCGCGCCUCUUUAAGUAUAUCACUGUAUGUUACAAUGUUGCUAGUAAACGAUCACCUGUGUCAGCCUUU